CCUCUUGGGCGGACUUGCGGGGUUUUCCGAUGGCGGCGGCGGUGGCGGUGGUCGGGGUCCCCCCGGAUGUGGCCGAUGAGCUGCUGGUGUUUUACUUUGAGAACCGUCGGCGCUCGGGCGGGGGGCCGGUGCGGAGCUGGCGGCGGAGUGGCGACCGCGCCACUCUAACUUUUGAGCACCCCGAAGAUGCCCAGAGGGUCCUCUCCAGAGCUGACCACGCCCUGCAAGGGGUGCAGCUGGUGGUCCAGCCCGCUGCUCCUCGGGAUUAUGGGAAGGUGGUCCUCCGGGGCCUGAACCCCCAAAGCAGCCUGGAGCUGGUGGAGCUAUACGUGGAGCACAUGCUGGAUUGCGAGAGGGACGCUUACUCCCUCCACCGCAGCCCUGCCGGGGACCAGGCGCUGGUGCAGCUGCAGGCAGCGCUCAACCACCCAGAGUUCUUGGCGCUGGCGGAUCGGGUGCAAAGCCGCGUGCUGGACGGGGCCAGCCUGGUGCUGGACUGGGUGGAGCAGACAGACAGCAUCCUGGUUCGGAGUCACCACGGAGUCAUCCAGCUGCAGCCAGAGGUGCUGACCCUCUACUUUGAGAGCAGGCGGAGUGGCGGGGGCCGCGUGCAGGCAGUGCGGCUUCUCCAGGGAGGCACGUUGGCUGUGGUCUCCUUUCAGGACCGCGCAGUGGUGGAUCGGGUGCUGAAGCAGCCCCACCAGCUCCCAGACGGCCGUCUGAAGGUCUCCCCUCACUAUGACUUCCUGGAAGCCCCAGAGGCCGCAGCAGAGCUGGCCCCGUCCACCACCCUUCCGGUGGCAGAAGCAGCUACCAGGCGGCUGCUGCAGUCCCAGGGCGUCCUGCAGGAGCUGGGGGCUUUUGCUCCCGAAUGCGUGCUUCGCUGCGAAGAGGCUGAGCUGUGCAUCUCGGGUGGGGACCCGGCUCUUCGGCAGCAGCUGCGGGAGUGCAUCCAGGCAGCCUUGCAUGCGGUGACGCAGACGCGACUGCCCUCCUCAACCUGGAUGCUUGAGUUCCUGCAACGGGCAGAUGUGCAGGAGCACCUGGCGGAACGGCUUGCUGAGCGCAGAGUGAGCGCCUGCUACCUUCCCGCUGCAGAGGAGGUGGUGGUGGUGGCCCUGAAGCCCCCCGUGGCUCAGCUGGCCGCCUCUCUCCUGGACUCCUUUCUCAGCUCCAUCUCCCUGCCCUUGUCCGAGCGGCAGUUGCUGGCCUUGGCCUCCCCACACUGGGCCCGGGUGCAGGCGGGGCUGCGCUGCUGCUGUGUGCGCCUGGCUGAUGACGGGGAGCACCUGGAGGGCCUCACCUUGCCUGGCCUGGAGGAGGAGAAUGUGGCUGAGCUGAAGCGUGGCCUGCAGGACUGCCUGCCGGAUGAGGUGCUGGUGACCACGGAGCCUGGACGUCUUCACUACCUUCGGCUCCAUCGCCAGGAACUGCUGGCUGGCUUGGCUGACGUCACACUGCUGCCCCUGGAGGGAGCCGAGGUCACCGGCUUGCGGCUGAGCGGUGAUUCUUGGGCGUGCCGAGCCGCGGCUGAGCUCCUCCAGAGUCUGCUCUGUGCCAUCUCUGUUCGAACUGUGGUGCUACAUCAUCCUGGCGUGAGCCGUUUCUUGCUGGAGGAGCGUGGCCAGGCCAUCCUGCAGGGCCUGGAGAGGGGCUUCUGCUGUGCCUUCGGGCUGGAGCACCUCCAGUGGCGCUCCCCAGAGACCCAGCACGAGUUGGAGACCUCACAGGAGCCAAUUGCCCUCGUGGGCCGGCGGGAUUCCCUGCGUGGCCUCAAAGAGCAUCUGAAGAGCCCAGUCGGGGAGGCCGACUGGCAAAGCGAAGCUAAGCUGGAAGAGAUCAAGGGCCUGCUGGCUGCCCUCCAGCCUCCCAGGGUGGCCCUUCCCGCAGCAGAGGAGGAGGAGGAGGAGGAGGAAGGCACGGCCGCGGAGCCAUUGCCAGAGGUCCCCCCUAGCUUCGAGCAGCAGACCAGCUUGGCUGACCUCGACACAAUAGAAGAAGGGCCCUUGCCCGUCCCAGGCCCCAUCCCAAGCCUGGCAUUGGAAGAGGAGGAGGAGGAGGCACAGCUGCUCCUGGCCAUCCAGCAGUCCAUGGACAGUGCUCGGCAGGAAGAGGAGGAGCUGGCGCGUGCCACUGAGCUCUCUCUGCGCUCCUUCGAGCAGGAGCAGCCGUCCAGUCCAGAUGCCGACAUCCUGUCUGUCAUGAAGGCCUCUCAGGAGGCAGCGGCUGCAACUCGUGUUCAGGUCUACACCUCCGUGGAGGAGGAUGCAGAGGCCGUGGUGCAGGAGCUGGAGCGUGCCCUGGGCAUGCAGCUGCGGGAGGAAAUGGUGCAGAACGAGGCCCUCUUGUCUCUGCCCGCUCUCUGCCUUGACUACCUGACCUACCUGGAGAGGAAGCACGCAGUGAGCAUCACGCUCGCCGGCCCUGUAGCCACCGUGUCGGGCUUCUUGGACUACCCUGUGGCCGCCACCCGAGACCUUGCCCUGCUGCUGGCCCGGCUGCUGCACGUGGACGUGGCCGUGGGCUGUGGGGACGCCUGCUGGGUCCGCUGGGAGCCCUCUGAGCAGGGCUUACCCACCCCCUAUUCGGCCCAGGCCAGUGCCCUGCUGGAGCAAGCGUGGUCCCGCGGCCACAAGCGCGUGGAGGUGUUCUUCGACGGGCGGCCUUUUGCCGUGGACUUUGAACGGAUGGAGGAGUACGACGUUGGCAACGGCCGCACGCUGCCCAUUGGCCGCACCCAGCUCCAGCUGCCACUGGCUUCUGCAGCCCUGCUAGACCCCCCAGCUGAGGGCGAAGUGAAGCUGCUUCCGCUGGCUGAGCACUCGGAGGACUUUCAGAGGAUCGUCCAGGGCUUCUACGACACGCUGGCCGGGCUCCAUGGCAAGCUCUGGAUUGUCAAGCUGGAGAAGGUGAUGCACCCGCUGCUCUACCAGCAGUACCAGCUGAAGAAGGCUGCCAUGGAGAAGGCCUGCGGGCACCAGGCGGUGGAGCGGAUCCUGUACCACGGCACAACGGAGGAGUCCAGCCACGAGAUCUGCCAGCACGGCUUCAACCGCAGCUUUUGUGGCAAGAACGCCACUCACUACGGCCACGGCGUCUACUUUGCGGUCAAGGCGUGUCUCUCGGCGCGUGAUCAGUACUCGCCUCGCAGUCCCGAUGGCAACAAAUACAUCUUUGUGGCCCGGACGCUGGUCGGGGACUACACAGCGGGCAAUGCCAGCAUGCGAGCGCCACCCCUGCGGGAAGGAGAUGCCGCCCUCCGGCGGUACGACAGCACGGUGGACGACCCGAGGAAGCCCUCCAUCUUCGUCAUCUUCAACGACACCCAGGCCUACCCCGAAUACCUCAUCACCUGCCGGUGGGUGGAGCAGAAGGCGAGGCCUCCCCCUGCCUCCCCCUUGCCGCCCUGGUGAAGGAGAGCCGGUUUCCCGCAGGAGGGCUGCUUGGCGGGCGGGGGCAGAGCUAGGGAGGGCAAUGGGGCAGUGCGGUGGGAGCAGUUCACAGCGGGCAAAGCACGACAGUGCCCACAACAGACCUGCCUCCCCGCUCUUCCUUGAAGGUGGGCCUCAGGCCCUGCGGCUGCACCUGGGGGGCUCCCUUGCUGAGGUCCAGGCAGCCCCAGGGGUGAUUGUGUCACCCAAGACACACAAGGGGGGCCUCCUGCUCUUCAAGGGCUCCCCCCCCGCCUUUUUUAAAAAAAAAAACAUUUUCUUUAAAGCU